GGGAGGGCCCCGUGGGAGGAGCUGGGAUCAGUCCGGUUCCCCGCCGAACCCCUUUCCUCCCCUCCUCAAGAUGAUCACCUUUGGUUUAGAUAAGUACCCCGACCCGGCACGGAGGAAAGGGGCGCCCCGGCUCCCCUCGCCCCCUUACCUCCUUUCCCACUUCGCCCUCCGCGCCCCCCGCUCCGAGAGCCAGUGUUUGGCGCCCCCGGUUGCUAGGCAACAGCACCUCCCCGCUCCCACACUGCCGCAGCGGCCACCGCGACCUGGGUGCUUCUCUCGGCAACCGCCGCCGCGGCGUCUGGCAGCGUCCCCGGAGGCCUUUAGGACAGGGUCUCGCUCGGUCGCCCGGGCUGGAGUGCUGUGGCUCGGCUUACUGCAGCCUGGACCUCCCGGGCUGAAGAGAUUCUCCCACCUCAGCCUCUCCAGUUAGCUGGGACCACAGGCGCGUGCCACCAUGCCCGGCUUAAUUAGAAAAAGAUAUUUUUAGUAUAGACAGGUUUCACUAUGUUGCCCAGGCUGGUCUCAAACUCCUGGCCUCAGGUGAUCCGCCUGCCUCGGCCUCCCAAAGUGCUGGGAUUACAGAUGUCACAAAAACCAAAGCCCCUGGAACGUUUUGUUCGGGGAUCUCUCAUUACCACACAAUCUGUUAUUUUGUAAACUCUAAUAUGUGAUUCGUAAACUGGACAUGAACAAGAAUUUGUGAUAUAGCCCCUUUACCAGGCUUGAAGAAGACAGAAAGAAACAAUAUUGGACAAAUUAAUUGCUGGAAGAAAUGAUCAAAUUUUGGCUUACAUGUUUUGCAACAUUUGUUUAACACAAAGAAGUAACCAAAUAUGGCAGAACUGUGGUGUCUUUGGCAUCUACUUCUGACUGUGGUGGUGGCCGUGGCAUUCAUUGCUCCUGGGGUAUUCGCACACCCUGCCCAUGGGAAGGAGUUGUUGGCCAAAAAGGUCAGCCAGCUGAUGUCUUGGACCAAGAAAGACAGAGUGAUAAGAAUGAGUGAAACCAUGUUCUAUAAUUUUGUAUUCGACGAACCAAAAAACUACUCUGUUAUUGUGAUGUUUACUGCUCUGCACGAGUUCAGUUCAUGUGUAAUGUGCAAAGGUGCUGCCGAAGAAUUUCAGAUCUUGGCAAAUUCCUAUCAACACCCUGGUGCAUUCACCACAAAGGUAUUUUUUGCGAUGGUGGAUUAUGAUGAAAGCCCUGAGGUCUUUGAAGCGCUGCAGAUAACGUUAGUUCCGAAUUUCUUCCACUUUUCUGCCAAAUGGGAAUUUACAACAGAUGACAUUUAUGGUUUGAGAGGAAGGGAUAUUGUUGCUGACCAACUGGCUGAAUGGGUAGCAGAAAGAACACAUGUCAGCGUCAGUCUCAGACAGCCUACAAAAAAUUAUCAUGGUCUCCUCAAGCCAGCGAUACUUUUGACUCUCAUUGGUGGACUUGGGUAUUCCUUGAAAUGGCAUAGGAAAUCUAUUUCCUGCAGCAUUUUGUGCAAAUUUUCAACUCUGUGCUUUGUGAUUUUGAUGAUAUCUGGUCAAAUAUGGACUUAUAUAAGAGGAGAACCAUAUGCCCAAAGGGACCCUCGCACAGGACAGAAACAUUAUAUCAGUAAAUUGAGUCAGGCUCAGUUUGCAGCAGAAACCUACAUUAUUUCCCUGUUGAAUAUGUGUGUUACCCUGGGAAUGUUGCUGUUAGAUAAGGCUACCACCUCUAGGACGAACAUCAUAAAGAGAAAGAUGAUGUGUCUGUGUGGUGUGUGUCUAGUUGCCAUAUUCUUUAGUUGGCUGCUCGCCCUCUUUAGAUUUAAAAUACCUGAUUAUCCAUACAGCUUUCUCUUCGAUUAAAAAGGAUCCUACAGACAUAGAGGAUGAAGCAAGAAGUUUGAAAAAAAGAAAAUAAAAAUGCAAACUCAUAACUUUUGAAAGUAAUUGAGAUUUCACCAGAAGAGACCAUGAAGUAAGUGCCUUGACAAUAAGAAAUCAUUUGCUGUCAAAACCUGUGAAGUAUUACGGUAUGCAUCUUCUCUGCUCUCAACUUUUCUCCCGCAGAAGGGUUAUAGGUUACCUCAAGUGGAAUUAUGAAAAUCUUUAGAGAGUACAACUUUCAUCAAAUCAGAACAAUGUUUAAAAGUACUUUAGUUGGCCGCACACAGUGGCUCACGCCUGUAAUCCCAGCACUUUGGGAGGCCAAGGAGGGUCAUGAGGUCAGGAGUUCAAGACCAGCCUGGCCAGUAUGGUGAAACCCUGUCUCUACUAAAAAUACAAAAAUUAGCUGGGCUUGGUGGCGUGUGCCUGUAUUCCCAGCUACUAGGGAGGCUGAGGCAGGAGAAUCGCUAGAACCCGGGAGGGGGGAGGUUGCAAUGAGCUGAGAUCACACCACUACACUCCAGCCUAGGCAACAGAGCAAGACUCUGCCUUAAAAAAAAAAAAAAAAGUACUAGUUAAUAUUAAUACUUGGUCAGCUGAUCUUAUUCUAAAAUGAAAUAUAAUCUUUUUUCUUUUUCUUUUGAGACAGGGUCUCACUCUGUUGCCCAGACUGGAGUGCAGUGGCACAAUCUUGGCUCACUGCAACCUCCGUCUACCUCCUGGGUUCAAGCAAUACUCCUGCCUCAGCCUCUUGAGUAGCUGGAAUUACAGGCGUAUGCUGCCACACUCAGCUAUUUUUUGUAUUUUUAGUAAGGAUGGGUUUUGUCAUGUUGGCCAGGCUGGUCUUGAACUCCUGAUCUUAAGUGAUCUGCCCCCCUCAGCCUCCCAAAGUGCUGGGAUUACAGGCAUGAGCCACUGUGCCUGGCCGAAAAAUAGUAUCUUGACAAGGUAUUCCGACACCUGGCCACUGACGAUAACUGCAUUAGCCCUCUAUGGAAGUGUACAUUUGGAGUCUGUUUUAUGGGUGGAGAGAGCAGUUGUAUGGUGUUGUCCCCUGAAGUUUAAAUAUCUAUGUUCAGAGUACACUUCCAAAGCUUAGAGGCAAUAUAGUACUUCAUACUACUAUAUAUCCAUCUCCCCUACUGGAAUACACCAGUAUGUUUCUUUUUCUUUUACUGUGCUUUUUUUUUGAGAUGGAGUCUUGCUCUGUUGCCUAGACUACAGUGCAGUGGCUCGAUCUUGGCUCACUGCAACCUCCGCCUCCCAGGUUCAAGGGAUUCUCGUGCCUCAGUAUCCUGAAUAGCUGGGACUACGGAAACAUGCCACCAUGCCCAUCUAAUUUUUUUUGUAUCUUUAGUAGAGACGGGGUUUCACUGUGUUAGCCAGAAUGGUCUCAAUCUCUUAACCUUGUGAUCUGCCCACCUCGGCCUCCCAAAGCGCUGAGAUUACAGGCCCGGCUUUUUUCUUUCUUUCUUUCUUUUUUGAGAUGGAGUAUCACUCUGUCGCCUAGGCUGGAGUGCAGUGAUGUGAUUUCAGCUCACUGCAACCUCUGCCUCCCAGGUUCAAGUGAUUCUCCCACCUCAGCUUUCCAAGUAGCUGAGAUUAUAGGUGCGUGCCACCAAGCCCAGCUAAGUUUUGUAUUUUUAGUAGAGACAGGGUUUUGACAUGUUGGUCUGGCUGGUGUUGAACUUCAGGUGAUCCUCCUGCCUUGGCCUCCCAAAGUGCUGGGAUUACGGGUGUGAGUCACUGAGCCUGGCCCUUUUACUAUGUUUGCAGAUAGUUGAAGAGAUUACAAACCAGUUAAAUACCAGAUUACAAUUUACCUUUGAUUGUUAUCUUUUAUCUGGAAAGAUUUCAGAUAUGUUAUCUUUCCUUAUUUUUCUUUCAUGUGGUCUAAGAAAAUAGCAUUUCCUAUUUCUGUGUUGACUUUGUUGACUUGAGGUUGUUUUCCGUUUAUUUUAAAUCUAAGAGAAAAAUAGGUAUAAAGAUAUAAAGACAGUUGAGAGCAUAACUAAGAAUUCCUUUUUUUUUUUUUUUUGAGUCGGAGUCUUAACUCUGUCACCCAGGCUAGAGUGCAGUGGCAUGAAUUCGGCUCACUGCAAUCUCUGCCUCCCAGGUUCAAGUGAUUAUCCUGUCUCAGCCUCCCGAGUAGCUGGGAUUACAGGCACCCACCACCAUGCCCGACUGAUUUUCACAUGUUUAGUAGAGACAGAGUUUCACCAUGUUGGCCAGGCUAGUCUCGAACUCCUGACCUCAGGUGAUCCACCGCGUUGGCCUCCCAAAGUGCUGGGAUUACAGGCAUGAGCCAUUGUGACAGGCCUGUUAUUUUUAAGACAGAGUCUGUGUCGCUCAGGCUGGAGUGUAGUGGUGUGAUCUUGGCUCAUUGCAACCUCUGCCUCAGCCUCCUGAGUAGCUGGGACUACAGGUGUGUACUGCCAUGCCCAGCUAAUUUUUGUAUUUUCAGUAGAGAUGUGGUUUCACCAUGUUGUCCAGGUUGGUCUCGAACGCCUGACCUCAGGUGAUCCACUGGCCUCCCAAAGCGCUGGGAUUACAGGUUUGAGUCACCAUGCCCCACCAGUUAAUCUGAUUUUACAUGUGUGUAAAAUACAUGUGAAAACCAUCUGAAUGAUGGAGCUGACUAAAAUCCUGUCUGGGGCAGCAUCAGCUCACUCCUGUGUUCUGUAUUUUUGAUUUUUUUGGCAAUACAGUAUGGAAAUUCCAUUUAGCAAGAGAGUCAUAGUCAAGGAAGAGUAAUAUUGUACAUGUGAUAGUUUCAAGUACUUUUGUUUUGUUUUUGUUUUUGACACUGGGUCUCACUCUGUCACCCAGGCUGAAGUGUAGUGGUAUGAUCAUGGCUCACUGCAGCCUCCAUGUCCUGGACUCAAGUGAUCCUCUCACCUCAGUCUCCCAUGUAGCUGGGAGUACAGGUGCAUGCCACCAUGCCUGGCUAAUUUUUGCAGUUUUUGUAGAGACAGGGUUUCACCAUGUUGCCUGGGUUGGUCUCAAACUCCUGGGCUCAAACAAUCCACCCACUCAAACAAUCCACUUGGCUCAACAAUCCACCUGGGCUCAAACAAUCCACCUGGGCUCAAACAAUCCACCUGGGCUCAAACAAUCCACUUGGCUCAACAAUCCACCUGGGCUCAAACAAUCCACUUGGCUCAACAAUCCACCUGGGCUCAAACAAUCCACUUGGCCUCCCAAAGUGCUGGGAUUACAGGCGUGAGCCACCACGUCCAGCCUCAGGUACUUUUGAACUGGCAUGUUUCUAAAAUCAUUUUGCAAAGCCUAUUAAAAUUUUGUUUCAGUAGAAUCAAACAUAUUGGGCUUUAUGAUACUAAGCCACCAAGGUAUCUGUUUUGUUUACAAUUAUAAAUUCUGAAUCCCAGCAUUAUUCUUAAGGAAAAAAAAUUUUUUGAGACAGGGUCUCACUCUGUCACCAGGCUGGAGUGCAGUGGUACAAUCUUGGCUCACUGCAACCUCCAUGCACUGCAACCUCAGCCUCCCCAGUUCAAGUGAUCCUCCUACCUUAGCCUCCUGAGUCGCUUGGAUUAUAGGUUCACUACCAUGCCCAGCUAAUUUUUUGUAUUUUUUACAGAGACAGGUUUUCACUAUGUUGCCCCGGUCUGUCUCAAACUCAGGAGUUGAAGCAAUCUGCCUGCUUCAACUUCCCAAAGUGCUGAGAUUAGGGGAGUGAAACACUGUGCCCAGCCCAAGAAAGAUAUUUUAAUAGGGAAAAGUACAAGAAAAAUACUAUUCUAUAAAGGUAAUGGCUUACACCUGAAAUCCCAACACUGUGGGAGGAUGAGGCAAGAGAAUCACUUGAGGUUAGGAGUUCAAGGCUAGACUGGACAACAUGGCAAAACUCUGUCUCUACUAAAAAUACAAAAAUUAGCUGGGCAUGGUGGCACCUGCCUGUAGUCCCAGCUACUUGGGAGACUGAGGCAGGAGAAUCCCUUGAACCAGGGAGGCAGAGGUUGCACUGAGCUGAGAUCAAGCCACUGCACUCCAGCCUGGGCGACAGAGUGAGACUCCAUCACAAAAAAAAAAAAAGGCAUCAUAAAAAUCUCUGUAGACCUCAGAAAUUGUGGAAGCAAGGCCUGGCGCAGUGGCUCACACCUGUAAUCCCAGCACUUUGGGAGGCUGAGGCGGGCAGAUCACCUGAGGUUGGGAAUUUGAGAGCAGCCUGACCAACAUGGAGAAACCCCGUCUCUACUGAAAAUACAAAACUAGCUGCGAGUGUUGGUGUAUGUCUGUAAUCUCAGCUACUCAGGAGGCUGAGGUAGGAGAAUCGCUUGAAUCUGGGAGGCAGAGGUUGUGGUGAGCUGAGAUUGCACCAUUGCACUCCAGACUGGGCAACAAGAGCAAAACUCCGUCUCAAAAAAAAAAAAAAAAAAGAAAGAAAGAAAGAAAUUGUGGAAGCAACAGAAAUGACAGAAAAACAGUAUCUUUCUUCUACAAACUAAAGAUUUCAGUUCUUUAUAACAUUGAGUCAAAUAUUGUAAAAGCAUACACAUCCUUUCCUGGCAUUGACACAUUAACCUAAUUAACUUCCUAAAAACAUCAGCAAGGUAUACAAGUAUCAGCAGCUGAGAUAAAUUUGUCAAAUAAGGCCGGGCAUGGUGGCUCACGCUUGUAAUCUUGGCACUUUGGGAGGCUUAGGCUGGCAGAUCACAAGGUCAAGAGAUUGAGACCAUCCUGGCCAACAUGGUAAAACCCUGUCUCUACUAAAAAUACAAAAAUUAGCUGGGCGUGGUGGCACAUACCGGUAGUCCCAGCUACUCCAGAGUGAGCCAAGAUCGUGCCACUGCACUCCAGCCUGGUGACAGCAAAAGAUUCCAUCUUUAAAAAAAAAUUGUCAAAUAGACAACUGAAACACGAAAACUACAUUCAGAUGUAUGCCCCCUCACUGGCCAGGCAUGGUGGCUUCACGCCUGUACUCCCAGCAUUUUGGUAGGCUGAGGCCGGUGGAUCACCUGAAGUUAGGAGUUUGAGACCAGCUUGGAAGACAUGAUGAAAUCCCAUCUCCACUAAAAAUUAGCUGGGCAUGGUGGUGGGCGCCUGUAAGCCAGCUACUCCAGAGGCUGAGGCAGGAGAGUUGCUUGAACUCAGGAGGUGGAGAUUGCAGUGAGCAGAGAUUGUGCCACUGCACUGCAGCCUGUGCAACACAGCGAGACUCCGUCUCAAAACAACAAAACAAUAAAAAAAACCUCUUAGAUUUUUA